ACAGCUAACAAUGUAGUUAGUAAAACAGGACACUGGUGUCUUCCAGCAGGGCCGUGCCACUUCUGAGAAGAAACAAGAGUAGCAGUGGGUCUCACAUGCGGCCAUCAGCUACCGGAGACGAACUUAGCCGUGAGCGGAUCUGGGUAAAUUCGUCUUCGCAAGGGAACUAUGGAACACGCCUCGAGCGCGCGCGGGCUCCAGGGAAGGACUGGCAGACCAGCUGGACCGCCACCAUGGAAGAACCCUGGGCCAGGCGGUCUACGGCACAUGAAGGCUACAUCAAGGGUCGCACGACGGACGAAUCCUGCCCACAACGUAUGGAACGCCUAGAGGGCUACACCAAGGGUCGCACGACAGACGAAUCCUGCCCACCACGUAGAGAAUGCAUAGGACAAGGCUACACCAAGGGUCGCACGACGGAGGAGUCAGGCCCACCUCGUAGGGAACGCAGGGAGGGCUACACCAAGGGUCGAACGACGAAAGAAUCUUGCGAUAGGGGACGAAUUGCCCCAGAAUGUUAUGCUAGAGAACUUGCGACGGAGAAGCACCUGGUCAACGGGAGCGCCACAAAAUCACCCGCGAUUUCUGCCAGAGAUGGUUCGUUUGUGGUUGGUGAGCUGCUCGGGCGCGGUGGUACGGAAAUCCUAAAUUGAUGUUUUAGUUGUGGACUAAAAACUCGGGCAACAUUUUUUCUUUACGAUAGAUACAGCCAUCAGCUCUUCUCGGAAAGCAAGAAGGAAAGAAGCAAUGCUCUGCUUUCUAAACCUUGAUGUACGACACCCCAUCUCCGAAAUCUAUCAUGGGAAUUUGUUUCGUAGGCCCGUGUUUUGACUUUCUGUAACUCCGACAGGCAGCGCAGCUAUUGAUUUCUGUACAUGCAGGUCGUGCACACUGCGCAAUGACAGGCCACUUGCAUUCGUAAAUGAAUCCGUUAGUUACUGAAUUCUCAUCGAAAUCGAAGCCGCCGGCCAGCACAUCAGGCCAGUGUAGCAGGUGAUAUUUACGCACUUCUUGACCGUACUUUUCUCCUCAACACAAUUCAGGUUCUGGACAAGUUUAUCGCGUCACAGACAAAAACGGAAUUGAUUAUGCCCUCAAACUCGUGACUGCGACGCGGAAGGAGAGUUUGCAGAAACUUCAAGCCGAAGUGGCGCUUCUGAGGCAGCUGUCGUCAGGGCGAUCGUGUCUUCUCGACAGACCUACUGUACAGGAAGAGCCGGAUAAGAAGAGCACCGGAACGAGCUCUUCCGGCUCACAUCAAGGACCGCGACGCGCUGGGCCGCGAUACUCGACCGGCUGUCCUGUCGUGCACUGUUAUGCAGCUGCUGAGCCCCCUAAUUACAACCUCCAAAUAGUGUAACUUGAACGCGUCUCAUCCGAGCAUGUGUGAUAGGAUGCUUAAUGACCUAUCAAAACGACUCUUCAUUUAGGAGCGCUUUUUCAUAUCGUCCGAUCAGUUUUACUUUUGCCUUCGCUCUUGCCGAGGACUAGAAUCAUGAUCAGAGGGACACUCAGUCCCGUUUCUAUGUUUGUGAUCAGUAUUUUAAAAAAGGAACAUUCCGUCCUGACCGUUCGUAUCGCAUCACGAGUGCGGAUUAGCGGGCUCGCGUCCACAAAAUCUACGACACCAGAAUCGACUGGGCUCGACUGCAAAUGUAUUUUUUGAUGGAGCUGGCUGAUUGUGACUUCGACACGCUUCAUAAACAGUUUUUCUCGGAGCGACGGAAACAAGAUUUGGUGGCCGAGCGAUGCGUUGAUCAUUCUACCCCCGGUCCCGAAAUGGGAGAGGGAAUGCCUUUUGAGAUGAUUGGCCAAUACUGGGGCCAGAUGAUAGACGCUGUCGAGUACAUUCAUGCACAGAACAUCAUUCACUUCGACCUGAAGCCCGCAAACUUCCUGCUUUUCGAAAAAAAGCAGCGCGUAAAGCUUGCAGAUUUCGGCCUGGCACAGAUGCUGUACGAGGAGCAAACGCACAUAAGCCGACAUGGCCAGGUACGGUUAUUAUUUAUUACCCCAUGUGAGUGUCUUGCUAUGUUCUAUGUUAGUUUUUUAUCGCCUAGUAUAGCAUCAAAACCUUGUUCCAUCUGAUGUAUGCUUGUCAAAGUUGUGUGUCGAUCCUCCUCCCUCUCCAAGAAUAUAAAUAUAAGUGAGACACAUUCUUUAUCUCAGUGUGGCACCUUUCUGUACAUGGCUCCUGAAGCGUUUUACCAGGGGGAUCAGUACGAACAGAGCAUGAAGCUACGGUUUGGCGUUGACAUCUGGUCACUGGGAAUCAUCCUGUAUGCGAUGCUCUACGAACGCCCACCGCACUUCUGCCUUCUCAAGGACAGAAAUACAGGAUAGGCGAAGAAACAAAAGUCUUCUGUUGCUCCCUUGCGUCGCAGCUGCGCGGCUACUUCAGUUGCUGCAUAUAGAAAAAAUGACCUGCUACAGUUCCUGGAGCUGAGAUGUAGUUCUUGUAGUAUUCAUUUCAUUAUAGUAGGUUACAGCAAAUAGCCUUGACUACACUUGCUUGUGGCCGCUUCGGCUUGGGGUCCUGUGACUCUCUUGCACUGAAGAUUCAUUUUUAUAUUUGCGUAGUCAGGCUCCGCAAAUGCUAGUCACUGAAUGCAGCAGCGAGAAGGAAGAUGCCUGAGAUUCCCUCACGUGCACCCAGCACGAAAGUGUAUGAAAUGGCUCAGCAGCUUAAGCACGCAUGGGACGUACAAGAAGCAACUUUUUUCCUUUAAAGAGAAAAGCCCGUGCCCUGCGGAAUGAAUCGGGUAAUGUGCGCAAUUUUGGAUCCUUGUAUGGAGAUUCAGUACCCCGCCCAGAAGCAUUUUUUUGAUGUGCCUGUUUCCUCCAAGGUGUCGUCGCCUGCCUCUGAAGCUGAAGCACAAAGUAGCUCCGCACGAACGGCACGUCUGACGGAAACGUCUGAGCGUGAGGUAACUCUGCCGGAAAUGGAAUUAACCGAAGACCGAUCUUCGUCUUCGUCGGCUUGCCCGCCGUGCCGUGCGCCUGAAGAGGACGUAGCGCGACAAGAGCACCUGAUGUACCUUUUGCAAAGCUGCCUAGAACGAGAUCUAGAGCAGCGCAUUGACACGAUUUCGCUACAAGACGAGUCUUGCGCAUUGUUUUCCUUCGAUUGGCGCGGCCUCGCCGUUAGCGAUCCACUGUGCUCAGGACCACCACUCCUUUCAUUUCAAAAAGCAAAGACACGACCACUGCCGGGAAGUUUUGUCACCCUACUGCAUCGCCCGCAGCAUUCUUCGAAAAGUGCAGUCUCAACAUUGCCCUCUGAGAACUGCACUACGACACAGACUCUCCCCAAUGAUGGCUUGCAAUCAUCGGCGAGUGCAGCAAGCAGCCUGGCAUCGCAUACAACGACUUGUAGAGCAACGCCGAUGAACGCAGCGACUCAGUAUCGCGACGCCUGCUUCAGUGAAGUCAUCGCGUGUUCUGCGAGCGAGGUCACAUUUCAACUAAAGAACCCGGACAACGAAUUGGGAAGGACACUAAAUGAGAAAGUGCAACGCAUUUUGCAGAAGACGCAGGAAGACGAUGCGCGAGAAUCUGGGUUCUUAAUGAAGGAUGGCGAAACUGUCCCUGAUUUAGAAAGCAAGCUUGUCCACCACAAGAAUUUUGCAGAGGUGCCCGGCAGGGCAGCAUCUGUGCCGCCUCUGGUUGCCGACGACGCAGCGCUUUCAGGGGGCACAACAUGUAAAGUGAGUGGCGACAUUAUCAACCUGCCUGCAACGGGUCUAGACGAUCACGAUGUUGCUCGCGCACCGGAUAGGUGUACGCAGGAGAAAUUUUGAUUGUACUUAUUCGAAAAGUGCGGCUAGAGCCAUACGUCUUUCUCACUAACAUCGACAUUCUGGAUUGAUAGUUUGAGAAUAUUUUCAAAAAGCGAGAUUUUGGAGAAUGUUUUGCAUUGCGAUAGAUCAACAUAAAUAUAAUGUCGUGCAUGGCUGUUUAUCGCGUUCGGUUCUCGUUGCCAAAUGCAUGCAAUGCAAGACCUAGACCUUCGAGCGUGUCGGAAAGAUUAGAAAAACGCUGUUACGCUCUGGACACUGCAACAAAGACUUUUGUAGCCGGAAGAAAAAUGAGAAUGGCGGCGGCACAACAAACCCACGUCCUUCGAAGAGUUUUGCGGUCAUACCUCUUCCGGACACCUUAUCAAGCAGAGAACAUUUUCAUAGCGGAGCGAUUUGCAUUGCACUUUGCAGCUCGCUGCCCUUUUCAAAACUUGCAUUCGUCUUACGUAGGCAUGCUUGCCUGUAAGUAAGGGAAAGAGGCGAACAGAAAUAUUUUUCAGGGCUUCUGGGUGCAGCGCGUCGCUACUGGAGAGUCUAUUCCAUAGAAAAGAACUAUCAUAAGGAAGAAUUGCGCUCCCCGCACUGAAAAAAAAAGAAAUCAUGUUCAUUUGUGACAACUCCGGUCGUAUUGAAUGAAGGUAGUGCGAAAAAUUUACGUUGCAUGUUGUAACCAAUUUGUAUUGCUGUUUGUGGCGCAGCAGAGCUACAAGCCAUGCCAAACUACAGGUACGCGCAUGUAUCCCUGCGCAGGCCUAGAAGCUACCUCCUGAACGCCAAUUGUCUUUUUCCAAUGCAACAUGUCUUGUGAACAUACAUAUCGCACCACACCGAGUGAUUUUUUGAGCAUGGGUAGGGCAUUUUUUUCAUUUUCAUAAGAUUGAGUUUAUCCCUUUCCCUAGUCUCUGUUUGGUGUUUGCGCAGCAAGCAGAAAUAAAUGCAUGCGCUGGGGCCGCGCGAGUGAGUAGGUGUGGGCGCCCGCACUAUCAAUACUGUAUCUGUGUGUAGCGCAAUUACUCAUCACGCCGCGACGAAAUUGCUUCUCAGCUAUAGGAGGAUGGGUUGGCAGAUGUGUGUGAAGCUCCGGGCGAUGAUUACCCUUGUCCAAUAGAGGCAGAACCCGGUGCCUCGGCGUGCGAUACUACUGCGAAAAUAGACGAAGACGCGACGCGUUUUGGAAUCGACGACGCAGCAGCGACAACUGGCUCAGCGGUUUGGAGCACAAUCGCCACUUUAGUUGGAACAGUCGGACUCCUCGCGGCAUCAGGCGUCAUUAGCUCUUUUGUCCCCUCAAAUAGUGAUCCGAUCAGGCAUAGCUCUGCUGGUGAGCCAGGUAGCGGAGUCGUAGCGUUGCCUCCACAAAGCGUCUUUGGUGGGGGCGAUGACGACAGGGGGCACACUAACUGGCUUACGAAUUCCGAUCCAGAGCCGUCUGGUCGUCUUGACGUCUCAAGCAUACCGCGGGCAGUUACUACAACGAAUGUAACUCCAGCACCGCCUGUUGCAGUGGCGGGCAUAGAGCACCAUGGUGGGAGUGACGAUGACAGGGGGCACACCGGCUGGCUUACGAAUACUAAUAUGGGGCCGCCUGGUCUUGCCGUCUCAAGCGCACCACCGGCAGUGGCUACAGCAAGUGUAGUAACUCCCGCCCAGCCUGUUGCAGUAACGGGGCCUGACUUGCACGAGGCCCAGCAUCAAGAGCACCAUGGUAGGAGUGACGAUGACAGGGGGCAUACCGACUCCUGGCUUACGAAUACUAAUAUGGGGCCGUCUGGUCUUGCCGUCUCAAGCGCACCACCGGCAGUGGCUACAGCAAGUGUAGUAACUCCAGCCCAGCCUGAUGCAGUGACUGUGACGGGGACUGACUUGCAUGAGGCUCAGCAUCAAGAGCACCAUGGUGGGAGUGACGAUGACAGGGGGCACACUGACUUGCUUACGAAUUCUAAUGUGGGGCCGUCUGGUCUUGCCGUCUCAAGCGCACCACCGGCAGUGGCUACAGCAAGUGUAGUAACUCCAGCCCAGCCUGAUGCAGUGACUGUGACGGGGACUGACUUGCAUGAGGCUCCGCAUCAAGAUCACCAUGGUGGGAGUGACGAUGACAGGGGGCGCACUGACUUGCUUACGAAUUCUAAUGUGGGGCCGUCUGGUCUUGCCGCCUCAAGCGCACCGCUGGCAGUGGCUACAGCAAGUGUAGUAACUCCAGCCCAGCCUGAUGCAGUGACUGUGACGGGGACUGACUUGCAUGAGGCUCAGCAUCAAGAGCACCACGGUGGGAGUGACGAUGACAGGGGGCACACUGACUUGCUUACGAAUUCUAAUGUGGGGCCGUCUGGUCUUGCCGCCUCAAGCGCACCGCUGGCAGUGGCUACAGCAAGUGUAACUCGAGCCCAGCGUGUGGCAGUGACGGGGCCUGACUUACACGAGGCCCAGCAUCAAGAGCACCAUGGUGGGAGGGACAAUCAUGACAGCGGGCACACUAACUGGCUUACGAGUUCUAAUAUGGGGCCGUCUGGUCUUGCCGUCUCAGGCGCACCUUUGGCAGUGGCUACAGCAAGUGCAAACCCAGCCUCUGCAGUGGCGGCCAUUGA